AUGGCGACUGCGCUAAUUCAGACGAAUGUUGUCGGGCCAAGAGCAGUGAAGCUGUCCCUGGCGGCAGUUGAUGCGGACGCAUCGCCUGAGGCCAAAGCAGCUGAUCGGACUGCAGCAGCGCCCAAUGAAACUGCCAAAGAGAGCAAGCAGAGCAACAGCAGUGCUGAGCAGGAACCCGUGCCCACAACGGCCGGAUCGAACAGUUCAGCACCGGGUGCAAAAGAAAGCAAAGGAAGCCAAGACAGCAAAGUGGGGAGCAACAGCAACAGUACACACCGUACACCUAGCGCAGAGAGCUCAAAUAGCACCGAAGAAGGCACAAAAAAAGGCACGGAAGCGGCCGCCUCUAAGGCGGCCUCGGCCUCGGAGGUGCCCGAGACGACAGCAGCACCAGCAGUACCGGCAACACCGGCGGUAGCGAAGGUGGACAGCAGUUCUGAGGAGGCGGAGGCCGCACAGCAGAAGCAAGCAGCAGCUGCCGCGAAGGAGGCAGCUUCCACUGUCCAGGGGUGGACGCCCGAUGACAAUGUAUCGGCCACGGUCAACUACGCCUCCUCCUACGAUUUGCAGAACUCCAGAGGAAGCGUUCUUCUGUGGACCAUGGCCGCGACAUACGGAGCGCUCACAGUGCUUGCUCUCUUGAUUUUCAUGAUCUGCGCGGACAGACAGAAGCAUGCAGCGCAGCUGCAAGCGGAGAAGGCCAUGGCUGCGAGGGCCAAUGCUAUGCCUGGGCCAGUGCUGUGA